UUGCCGCGCUCUCCGUCCUGCUUUCGCCAGGAGUUACAAUAGCUAGAGCUGCAGAUUAGACUUCCCCUCUCUCCUUCCCCCCCCCUCCCGAGACCUCCAUGCGCUUUGACGUCAUGUGUGCUCCUUUCCGUUGCCAUGGCAGCCCCAUUCCCCAAGCCCUCUGCCUGCCUCCUCUGGUAGGUUCCACAAUGGUACAGCCGGCAUCACGAUGCACAAUGGUCUCCAGACUGUAAAAGAGGGUGAUUCAGCAAGCCACAGUCCCUCUCGUUUCUUCCUCCUCCUUUUCUUCCCACACUUGUCUCCCUCCCUCCCAUUUCCUUCCCUGCUUUUCUUUGUGUGCGCGGGUUGCUUUGAUUCCUGAGCCGUGCAUUUCAUACUUAUUUGCCUGCACCCCCCCCCAAAGACCGGCCCGCCACCUUCAACCAGGUUGCCUUGCCGCCAUCGGCCCACCAUUCCGCCCAGAUCUCCCUCCCGACAGCGUCUUCCUCGUGGAAUAUACCCUUCCACCCAUCUCCAGCCCAUUUUUUCCUCCUCCCUCCCUCUCUUCACUAUUCGGAAUGUGGUUCCGAAAGACCACGUAAGAGGUCGCGCCGCGCGAGAGGAAAGGUUGCUGCUGCGCCCAGGAGACUAGUCCGCAGGCAAGGAAUGGUGUGAAACUGGGCAUCCAGACCCUCCCGGUAUUGCCUUUUCUUUGAGCUCCAGAUGAAGCGGAGACUCUGCAGACAAGAGCACCUAAGGAGGGACAGCAGCAGGAGGCGUUGGCAUUUAGCUGCGGAGCUUCAAGUCUUCCCAUCCAUAGGUGGCCAAGCACCAGCAUUUUAAAGGUCUCCAUCUCCUUUUCCUGCCUUUAGACAAUAAGGUAUUUAUGAGCCGCCAUUUCUUACACUACUGCAGUGAACCUACCCUGGAUGUGAAGAUUGCCUUUUGUCAGGGAUUCGGGAAGCAAGUGGAUGUGUCAUAUAUUGCCAAAUAUUACAACAUGAGUAAAAGCAAAGUUGACAACCAGUUCUACAGUGUGGAAGUGGGUGACUCGACCUUCACAGUUCUCAAGCGCUACCAGAACUUAAAACCAAUAGGGUCUGGGGCUCAGGGAAUAGUUUGUGCUGCAUAUGAUGCUGUUCUCGACAGAAAUGUGGCCAUCAAGAAGCUCAGCAGGCCGUUUCAAAAUCAAACACAUGCUAAGCGAGCUUACAGGGAGCUAGUCCUCAUGAAGUGUGUGAAUCACAAAAAUAUUAUCAGUUUAUUAAAUGUCUUCACACCACAGAAAUCUCUGGAGGAGUUCCAGGAUGUCUAUUUAGUAAUGGAGCUGAUGGAUGCCAACUUGUGCCAGGUGAUUCAGAUGGAGCUAGACCAUGAGCGAAUGUCGUAUCUGCUUUAUCAAAUGCUUUGUGGCAUCAAGCAUCUUCACUCUGCAGGCAUCAUUCACAGGGAUUUAAAACCCAGUAAUAUUGUGGUAAAAUCUGAUUGCACGUUGAAGAUCCUGGAUUUUGGACUGGCCAGGACCGCAGGCACUAGCUUCAUGAUGACUCCCUAUGUGGUCACACGUUAUUACAGAGCACCAGAGGUCAUCUUGGGAAUGGGCUACAAGGAGAAUGUGGAUAUAUGGUCAGUAGGAUGCAUUAUGGGAGAAAUGGUGCGCCACAAAAUCCUCUUUCCAGGAAGGGACUAUAUUGACCAGUGGAAUAAGGUAAUUGAACAGCUUGGAACCCCUUGCCCAGAGUUCAUGAAGAAACUCCAGCCCACAGUGCGGAACUACGUGGAAAACCGACCUAAAUAUGCUGGCCUCACUUUCCCCAAACUUUUCCCAGACUCUCUCUUUCCAGCAGAUUCAGAACACAACAAACUCAAAGCUAGCCAAGCCAGGGACCUUUUGUCAAAGAUGCUAGUGAUUGACCCAGCCAAACGGAUAUCAGUGGAUGAAGCCUUACAGCACCCGUACAUUAACGUCUGGUAUGACCCAGCAGAAGUGGAGGCGCCACCUCCGCAGAUAUAUGAUAAGCAGCUGGAUGAAAGAGAACACACAAUUGAAGAGUGGAAAGAAUUAAUCUACAAGGAAGUAAUGAAUUCCGAAGAAAAGACUAAAAAUGGUGUAGUAAAAGGACAGCCUUCUCCCUCAGGUGCAGCAGUGAACAGCAGCGAAAGCCUCCCUCCGUCCUCAUCCGUCAAUGACAUUUCCUCCAUGUCCACAGACCAGACCCUGGCAUCGGACACUGACAGCAGUUUGGAAGCUUCUGCAGGACCCCUCGGUUGUUGCAGGUGACUAGCCGCCUGCCUGCGAAACCCAACGUUCUUCAGAAGAUAAUGUGAUUUAGGGGAGGGGGGAAGAAUCAUUGUGGUUACAAAAGAAUUCAGUGAUGGCAAGGAAGAAAAAAAAACAAAGGAAAAACCCAACAAAAAUGCAUAAUGAUGAAAUAAAACAAAACCCUUUCAGCCUGCUUCUCCUAAAAGAGUUAUGUAAAUGCAGCUAAGCUCAAGUGUAUAUUUAACUUAUAGUUGCUCUGCUUUGGUCUUCUUCCAAUGAUGCUUACUGCAAAAUGAGAAAAAAGUGGGGUGGGGGACUUAAAAGAAGCCUUUUUUCAUAAAUUUUGCAAAAAUUUAAUGGCUGCAAAACCAGCAACCUGCAACUGUCCUUUUUCCACGUUGGCAUGACAA